AUGUUUACCAGAUCCGCCAUAGCAUCUAUCAGAAGAACCGGAGCCAGCAGCUUGGUAGCUGCCUCCAGAGCCUCAUUGGCCACUCCUAUGGUGCCAGCCAUGAUGACUGUCGCACCAAAGAGAAUGUACCACGACAAAGUGCUCGAUCAUUACGCCAACCCAAGAAACGUUGGUGUUUUAAACAAGCUUUCCAACGAUGUCGGAACAGGACUCGUUGGUGCCCCAGCCUGUGGGGAUGUCAUGAGACUCCAGAUCCAAGUGGACGAUGCCACCGGAGUCAUAAAGGAUGUCAAGUUCAAGACCUUCGGAUGCGGUUCGGCCAUUGCCUCCUCUUCUUACGUGACUGAAGUCAUCAAGGGUAAGACCUUGGAAGAAGCAUUGAAGGUUAAGAAUACCCACAUCGCCAAGGAGUUAUCCUUGCCCCCAGUUAAGUUGCAUUGCUCUAUGCUUGCCGAAGAUGCCAUCAAGAGUGCAAUCAAGGACUACAAGACCAAGAGAAGUAGCAUGGCUAAGCCAACUCUUGGACCUGAUGCUGUUCCAGCUCACGCUUAG